AAACCCUCAAUUUCGUUUUGUCAUCUAUUCCUCUUAAAGGUGGAUGCUACUCCGAUGCAUUUGCAUGCAUAGUCGAACACAAAGAGUCUGUAACUUUGCCCUCUACCAUAGUAUCCGGUGACUUAGUUCUCCCAAAUCUCUCUCUCUCUCUCUUAUCACUGGACUCAUUCACUGAAUUCACCAAAAUUUGGAUUAAGCAUUCGUCGCGAGAGAAUAUGGAUCGUAUCAGCAAUCUACCAGACGACGUUCGUUGUCAUAUCUUGUCCUUCCUUCCCACCAAGCAGGUUGCUAUGACUUCGGUUCUCUCAAAGAGCUGGCUCAAUCUGUGGAAACGUGUCCCUAAUCUUGACAUUAAUGAUUCUGAGUUUCUUCAUCCGGAAGAGGGUAAAGGUGAAAGGGAGAAUAUUCGAGAGAGCUUCGUUAGUUUCGUGGACAGUGUACUGGCUACGCAGGGUGAUUCUCCCAUUGAUAAAUUCUCCCUCAAGUGUAUAACUGGUGUUCAUCCAGAUUCUGUGAAUCGUUGGAUAUGUAAUGUGCUGCAGCGUGGUGUUUCGGAUCUUAACCUUUUCACUGAUUUUACUGACAAGGAUACCGAAGAGAAUGAUUACAGGCUGCCUCUAGAGAUGUUCGUCAGUAAGAAACUGGUUAAGCUGAAAUUGAGAAGCGAACGCUGUGUUAACUGGUGGCAUUUAGAUAUCGGCGCUUCCUUACCAAAGCUUAAAAGUCUUUUAAUUGACUCGGACUUGAUUUUUUGUGGUGAGAUGGAGAGAUUUCUUCCUUAUUUCCCUGUGCUUGAGGAAAUUCACAUGGCUAAUAUGGAGUGGCAGGAGUCUAAGGAAACCAUGUCAAGUCCAAGCCUCACGAAGCUAAGCAUCCACGGCACUGGUUGUGAAGACUUUGAAAAUCCAAAGAGCAUUUCUUUUGAUACUCCAAGUCUGCUUUACCUAAACUACUCUGAUUUAGUUGCGGAGGAUUAUCCAGUUGUUAAUAUGGGGAAGUUAGUUGAGGCUCGACUCAAUCUCAUAUUACAAUGUGAAGAUCAGAUCAGGCGGGUAAGAGAGCCAAAUAAUGUUUUCUUAGAGGAUGAUGAAGGUGAUGUUGCUCUCCAAUUUGUCAAUGUGGUGAAGCUCAUGAACGGCAUACAAAAUAUUCAGAAACUUUCCUUAACUGCUGAUACUCUCGAGGUUCUUACUCUGUGCUGUGAAUCCUUGCCGGUGUUCAAAAACCUCAAAAUCUUAGGUCUUAAGAGUGAUGAGGGUCGCGGUUGGCAAGCAGUGCCCGCUCUUCUGAGAAACUGUCCAAAUCUAAAAUUUCUAGUCUUUGAGGGUCUCUUACACUAUGUGACAGAUAAAUGUGGGGAUGCUUGUGACUGCAUUGCUCGGGUAGACAAAGGUCGUUCGCUCAUAUCUUGUCCAGUGAAGAAGGUUGAGAUUCAAGGGUUUAGAGGAACAAUGAGAGAGAUAAAUAUGAUUGGGCACAUCUUGAAGUCUUUUAAGUGCGUAGAGGAGAUGGGGAUAUUUGCUGAAGAAAAUGGUCCUACAAAAUUCGAACAACCUGGAGUGUUUGAAUAUGUUGAGAAGAUAUUGGAUCUCUACAAUGAGAUAUCGAGUUGUGAUGUUUACUUCCUGGUGUGGGGUUUCAUGCGCAGGAAAUGGACUGCACAGUGAAGUCGACGAGUAUGAAAUUGUAUUGAUGGUUUUGCUAAACUCAUGUUCUCUUUGAUUUAUUUCUGGAAAACUAAAAGUUGUCGACUGCAUGUUUCCAUAGCUGAACCUAAACAGAGUAGUUUUUUUUUUUCUUUUGUUCAACUAAAACAGAGUAUAGUUAAUUUGAUGAAUUGUGUCUGUUGUUGAAAAGCUGAAAAAUUGAUUUGUUACUUCGUUUCA